AUAUUUCAUAGUGAAAUAUUUUAAAAUGGAGGCCCAACUUUCAAGUUUAGAAAAUUCCACCCACAAUGAAGUUACUCCUACUUUAAAAACUGCUCUCCAAAAGACCUUGAAUGGAUUUAUUUACCACAGAGAUGAGGCGGAAGAUGAUGUACAAUAUAGUUUGAGUAGUGAAGAAGACUUUUUCAAUGAAUUCGACGUAUCAGUAAACAAUGUCCUUAAUAAAACCAAAGAAGACAUAACUAAAAUUGAACUGGCUUCACACAAUAUUCUGCUUCAGAAAGAUAAUUAUCUUGUCGAGAAAGAAAAAAUUGAUAACUCCAGUCAAUUAAGAGAAACAAUAAAAUUAAAACCUUGUCAUCUUUUUAAAACACUGGAAACCGAAUUUUCUGCAGAGUAUAAUUUAAUUCAACCAGACGAUCUGCCCACAUUAGUUUAUUCAUACUUAGAUGUGAGAAGAAAAGACCAUCGUAUUUGUCCAGCUUGUGCUAAACGAGAAAUGUCCACUACAAUAAAAAGAAAAGAGAAACAAAACAACGAGAGUUUCAAAAAUAUACUGUAACUUUAGUUAAAAGCUAUACGGACAGUUACAAAGUUAUACCAAACUAUGUCGUCUUUAAUAACUACAAAGUAGGGGAAAUCUAUCAGGAAAACAUCAAGUUAAUCAACACAAGUCGUACUAUUCAAGCUAUUGCUCUUGAAAAUCUUCCUAAGUGUCCUUACUUUUCGAUAAUGUUUAAGAAUAAUAAAAAAAUAGCCCCAGGAAUGAGUGUUAUUGCUACUAUCACUUUUAGACCUAAAAUAUAUAAAACUGUCACAGAUACAAUCCGUUUUAAAAAUAAUACAGGCGAAAUUGUUGAAGUUCAAAUAAUAGCCUCCAGAGAUGUUCCAAAACUUAUUACCUGCAUUUUUAAAUCAUCGAACACCAAUCUUCUUGCUUCGAAUAACUUAAAACCCGGAUUCAAGGAAAAACGAAGAGAAGCUCUUAAUUCUACCAUCGACUGUGGUAGUUGUCUUGUUAGCCAAUAUGUGCUAGUAUCGAUGAUUUUGGAAAACAGAGGUAUAACUGGAAAAUUCUUUUUUAUUACUGAAGAUGACUGGUUCUUUCAAAAUAUUAAUGAUGUUUCUUCAUGUAUGGAGUUGUUUAAGGGCGACUUUUGGAUAUACCCAACAUUCUUUGAAGUUUGCAAUCAAGAAAUAGUAGAAGUGAAUAUAAUAUUUCAGCCUACCAAACCGGGUCUUCAUGCCGAAACGCUAUAUUUAAUGUGUGAUAAUAACACUUUUCAAGAAAUUGAACUAGUUGGAGAUGCCGUAGAAUUUUCAGAAAGCUUAAUAGAAAUAAACGUUCCGCCGGAAGUUACAGAGAUAAGCAGUAAACAAAAUUAUACUGUAUUUUUUGGAUUAACUUUUAUAGAGACGAUAAAAUCUUUCAAUGUUAUGGUAAAGAACAAAAGUUCUGCAUGUCUAAGUUGUGAAUGGAGAUUUAAAAACAAAGAUUCCAAAAAUUUAAUAAACUUACCAGAAGAGUGGAUAAUCCAAAAGAAAUUUUACCCGAUACUGAAACCAUAUAGUACAACGGAAUUUGAAUUUGAUGUUCAUAUAAUUCCUGAGAAAAUUGGUUAUCACAGCAUUUUUUUCUGCUUUUACAUUACAAAUGUUCCUUAUAUCAGUUUAAAAGAAAAUGAAGACUUUGUCGUUAUAGAAAGAACAGACAUUUGUGGAAAGACACUUAGUAAAGCUGUGGACGUUCUCAUCUCACAAAUUGAAGUAUGUGUUCUUAUUCAGUUGGAUGGAGAUGAAACCAGGUGUCUUUGUGACGAAGCUGAACAAUCUCCACAACGUAAGCAAAAGAUGUAUUUUUCUUACCCAAUUCUAAAUUUUGGAAUUUUACCAUCCGGUAUAGAUGUUCAAAAAGAGUUCUAUGUAAUAAAUAGUUCUGAUCAAAACCUAUCAUGGCAAAUUUGGGAAAUUAAAUACGAUAUAGACUGUCAGCCAUAUAUGCAAAUCAACAGAGAAAGUGAGAAUUUAAGUGAAGCGUAUGGAACUUGCAAUGCAUGUGAAAGUUAUAAACUUUUGUAUAAAAUAUCCAAUCAGGGUGUUCAAAGCUACGUGUCAUUUUUGGUACUUAUCUCGGUAACCGAACAAAAUAUAGCCGUUGUAGAAGACAUUUGUGUAAUUAUAUAUGAAGUUAUUAAUUUUAAAAUAAAAAUUACAUCCAAAUAUCUUUCGCUGCCUAUUUUAUACUCAGCGGAAAUUAUUUACAGUGGAAUACCUACUGAUCUAGAGCUCUUUGUAGAAAAUCUUAGCCCAAUCACAGGUUACUUUCAAUUUUUAAGCCCCAUUGGAGAUGACGCAGCAAAAAUGAUUAUAGAAUUAACCCCAAGAUCGUCAAUUAUCAAGCCAUAUCAAACUAUUACUAUAAAAGUUCAGCUUACAUGCAUGGAAACAGGAUUUUUCCAGGAUACCUAUAUUCCAUGUUUUAUUGGAUUAGGUCAAGAACCUGUCAUCGUAAAAGUUAUAUGUGCAGUCGAUGGACCUCGUGUUAUUUAUCAUUUACCUCGAGAUAACAAGAACUUUAAGAACAUAGUAUGGCCUCCAAUAUUUUACUACAAUUACGAUUUGGCAGUUGGUCCACGUGAUGAGAGACUUAUACAUGAAGAAUAUAAUAAUUCUGCAUACCAGUCAGAUAAAGUUAGGAAAGAACUAAAUCAAGAUGUUAUUAAACUAAAUUUUACUACAGACGAACAUGAAAUUAAGGUUCCGCUAGAAUGUAGAAACAAUCUUAAGUCCACAGAGGGUGAAGAAGAUUGUCAGAAUAAAAGUAGUACAUCCAUAUUCUCAGGAAUAGCAGAUCAAAAUUUAGAAUAUUUGUUAAGGCAAGGUUCCGACGAAAGCCUAUUUCUGCAUGAAGAUGUUAUAGAAAUACGUAAUAUACAAACUUUUACUGCUACAAGAAUAUCAAUUUAUAUAGAGAACAUUAGCCCUAUAUCUGUAAUUUAUAACAUUCAAUCAAGAAACUUUUAUUACCACAAAAAUGUUGAUCAUACAGCUGUGAGACAGAAACAAAAAAAUAUUGUAGAUCUAUGCAAAGAUACACCUCACGGAAUUGUCGUACAACCAGAUAUUCAAGAAGAUCAAAUUGAAGGAUAUUGUGCUUUAAGAAUAGAUUUUUGGAUAUAUGCAAACACUUUUGGCAUAUAUACAGAGGAAAUAAUUGUGGAAGUGUCGGAAAUUCCAGAUUAUCACUUUUCUAUGAUAAUUGAAGUUGUUGGAUGUCCAGUUCAAAUUCCCUUAGCACUAAAUUGUAUUACUGAAUGUCCAACAAUUAGGUUUGGUUCUGUAGCCUUCCACUCAGAAAACAUCAACAGGAAAAUAAAAAUAAUGAAUGUUAGUGCAAUUCCCGUACAAAUCAUUUGGUAUCCGUUUAAUAAUAAGCUCAAUGAGAAGUACAUUAAUGAAGAACAACCUUUUACUAUUCUAUUUCAUAUGUUUGGUGACAAUUGUUCGGAAAAAAUUGCAGAAAUUGUAGUAUUAGAUAAGUAUUUUGGAGAAUAUUGUGGAGGAUUUUGUGAUGUAGAACAAAGAGAGACCUAUAUUAAUCCCCAUAGCGAAGCUUUUAUCAAUAUUCGUAUAAAGCCAACAUAUUUUAAAGAAGAAUCUGAAGAUAUUAACAUUGUGAAUUAUCUUUUAGGUUUGAUAAACAUUGAUUCUCAAUAUACGAAAUGUGUAAACUACUACUAUAGAAAAACAGAUCCAAAUGUACACCAAGUUCAAAUACAAGUUCAAACACGACUAGAGGCCCCAACCUUGCAAUUGGACUUUUCAGAACAAACCAAAAAUUCUUUACAUGUAUAUGCCAACGAUAUUUUACUGAAAAACCAAUACGACCAUCAUAAAUAUGUGGUGUUACGAAAUACGAGCGGAGUGGAAUUCGAAGUCGAUAUGUAUGUGGAUUCUCCGUUUUAUUUCAAGAAGUCAAAGCAAGAACGGUUUGAUCGAAUUACAAUGGAGUUAACUGGUGGAAGUGCGAGAGAAGUACAUAUGUAUUGUCAGUUCACACCUAACGAUAUAUUAGACCUUAGUCCUUUGAUAUACUCAACCGAGAAAGAAAACUCUAAUCCUAGAAAUCAAAAAAGGAUUCUUGAUGAAGAGAAGGCGUUGACGAAAGAUGAUGAAAAUAAAAUAAUAAGCAUAACUAAAACAUUAACUAUACGUUAUAGACAGCAUGUUAAAAAGUUUCCAAUGGAAAUAAGUAUUCACUAUCCAAACAUAUCAGUAACACCAUUUUUUGUGGACUAUUCAAAUGUUCUACUUAACCAAGCCAAUAAAAACAUGAUAACUGUUUUUAAUCACACAGGUUGUGUGGUCAAAUUCGAAAUUAGAAAAUCUAGAAACGCCAAUUCUUUUGUAAUAACUCCGCACUAUGGAGAAAUACCUGCAAGUACGGGAAAAUUAAAGCAGUUUGUAAAUAUCUUUAUUUAUUUCUGUGCGACAGAAUGUAAGAAAUAUUCGGAGUCGUUGAGAAUUGUUACGAAUAUCCCUGAUUACUUUAUAGAAGUGCCACUGAAAGGAGUAGGAUCAAUUAAUGAAAAAUUUUGUAUUAACUACAAAAUAUAAAAUCGUUAUUAUU